UUUUUCUCCCGGCCUUCUCCCGUCCUGACAGUAACGCUGUAUUAAUAUGAUAUUAAUAUGCCUCACUACUAACUUACUAACUGCAUAUAUUAUUAAUAAUUGCACCGCGUCGACUCCGACUAUUCUCAAGCAACAUCCUUCAAUUGGCAUUGGCGUCUAUACUGCCUCCGUUCUCUCCCUAGCCUGUCUCCUUGGUGAGGGGUCAGCACCAGCGGAGUCCAUGCCUGGCCGCGAUUCGUCCAUGCGCUGUCUCGAAGGUACCAUGAUCGGAUUAUUAUUGUCGGAUAAAUAGUGCUGAUAUAGAAUCCGGGGACUGCAUUGGUGGGUUCGUUAAGAUCGGAAACUUGGUCGUUGAUGCCGUAAAGCUGAAAGGCACCCGAGAAUUCUCGCACCCCGCCAUUUAUGGGCUCGUGUUCUAUGUUCUAUACUCACUGCAUCAUCAAUCACUUCACGCAGUUGUUGCCGAGGUAAGGCACGGUGUUUAGCGAUCUCAUGAGACAUUUUCAACUAAGCUUGUGAUAUCAAUAUCAAUCGAUGCUGCGCCUGGGCAAUGGCCUAAAUACAUUGUAUAAUACUAGCUCUCACAGUAUAACGUAAAAAGUGUCAAGGCCAACGGAUACGGGUAUGGAACCCAACUGUAUUUGAAUUUCCAAUAGAAUGAUAUCUGUCCAUAUUUGACCGCUAUUUCUUGCAGUCAUGACACUGCAUAAGCUUAAAUAAAGUAUGAAAAACGAAAGACGCGGGCGAAACAAGC